AUGGCUCCCACCGUCCACCAAGUCGCUUCAAUCUUUGAGGAUUCGCAGCCUGAACCGAGAGGACGAAGACCAUACCACAGCCGAGUUCCAUCUGUAGGCGAUGUCCUGAGAGGCCGGCGAAAGGAAAGCAACAGCCCUGUCAAAUCCCAGAAGCAGUACCCUCGCGAGGCAAGCGAGUCUGCAAGCAGUCCCCUGGGAGAGCGACAUAUCAACAGCCCACCCCCGCCGAAACGUGUCCCAACGAAAACCGGUAAUGAGACUCGACCCCCGGCAACUCCCACACAUAAGAAGACGGCGAGCUCGGUUUCUUUGAAGGGAUUCAUACUCGGGAAAGAAAAGCCAUUGGACACGGGCAGCGUCUCCUCGGCUGAAGGCUGGAUCGUUGAAAAGAAACCUAAGAAGGUCAAAUCAGCCACGAACCUUGGUGGUCUGCUCAAGAGGAAGUCUAAGAAGGACCUUAAAGAAGAUAUUCGUGACCAGGAGAACGUUUCGCCCAACAAACAGGUACAACUCCCUAGUCCGACACCUAUCUGGGCGCAAUUUGCUACACAGCCAUUAGAGAACCCCGACGGCACAAUGCAUUAUCCGAUGGCCCAAAGAAGGACCGUUGAAGAGGAAAUCAAGCUAUAUACUCCGAAGGAUUAUUCAGAAUUCCGGCCUUCAGAGCAACGAAAUUUUUAUGGAUGUAGGCCAUCUGCACCAUCUCCUAUUGAGUUUCGACCACCCCAACGGCCGUUCCUGGAGCAUAAGUCUAGUAGAAGCUCGAUCUUUACCGAGAAUCUCGAUGAAGAAUCAAGCACUGAGCAACAGAGACCAAAGAGCAGGGAUCAGUCGGUCAGCCGCCCAGGUUCAUCUUAUGCGCCAGAGGCUCGUCCACCAUUGCAGACACGCUCCUCUGAGUCCUCGCAGACUGACCACAAGGCAAAAAGGGGUUCAAGAGUGUUUGAAGUCAUUCAGAAUUUCAACCUCAAAUCCCGCCGAGAAACCCGGUCUACAACAGAAACUCACGGCAAUCCAAACACGCCGCUCAGUCCACAAGAACUUGACACGGCUUUUGAGAAAGUUUUGGACUCGCUGAAUAUCCCAAUGAACAUGCGCGACAACAUGCGAAACCUGAAACCAGAUGUCAAAGCUGGGCUGAUGAAAGGAGAAAGAAUCGGAAGUGGCUCGCCCACGGGUUUGAUUCCUUCAGAUGGCGUGGACGUUCGAUCGGCAUCAAGAAGCCCUAAGAAAUCCGACCCUGACCGGCCGAAAAGUCAAGGCGAGGAUGGAAAAGACGGAAAACGCUCCCGAUCACGAUCGCGGCCCAGAAGUAGAAUCUUGACGUUAUCCAAAAGCGAUGAGAGUUCACCUACAAAAGCAGACCGACCUGGAUCCUCCUCAAGGUCUCGAAGCAAGACCAGGAACAAGUCCACAGACAUCUCCUCAUCAAGGCCAACGUCGUCAAGAGCUAUGUCAUCGUCAGUGUCCCUAGGUUCUCUGAGCGUGUCGGAUAGCGCAACCACCCCUGGCGACUUCAUUCACUACCUCCGCGAGGUGCAGAAACCAGAACUGGUUGAAGUCAACAAAGUCCAUAAACUUCGAAUUUUGUUGCGAAAUGAGUCUAUCAGCUGGACUGACCAUUUCGUAACCAAGGGCGGGAUGGAUGAGCUCAUUCAGCUAUUCUACCGCAUUGCCAAGAUUGAAUGGCGAGAGGAGCACGAAGAUAAUUUGUUGCAUGAGACUUUGCUCUGCCUGAAAGGACUAUGUACGACGUCAUUGGCGCUUCAACGGCUGGAGCAGAUCGAAAAGGAGUUCUUCCCCGCUCUCCUGGCAAUGCUGUUCGACCCGGAGAGGAAAGGGCCUUCAGAAUUCGCGACUCGUGGGACCAUAGUAUCACUCUUAUUUGCUCACCUCUCCUGCACUAUGGGUACCGAUGAGGAUCGAAUGCAGCAGAAAGCAGAAGUGGUCCUCGGAUAUCUCCGAGAUCCAGCACCAGAGGAAGGCAAGCAACCUCCAGACUUUGUGUCACAGAUGCACAUUGCUCGGCCGUAUCGAGUGUGGAGCAAGGAAGUAGCGAACGUGACGAAAGAAGUGUUCUGGAUAUUCCUGCACCAUCUCAACGUAGUGCCAAUUGUCGAAGCAAACGAACAUCUGGGAUACAUGCGAGCUCACUACCCGGCACUGAGGCCGCCACAUCCAGCAGCUCCUUACGUUGGCGGAGUUGAAUGGGAAGCAACGCAAUACCUGGCGAUCCACCUGGAUCUCCUCAAUGGCAUUAUCGCCUCGAUUCCGACUGUAGCGCAGCGAAAUGGUCUGCGAGAAGAGUUGAGAAAUUCUGGUUGGGAGAAGGUGAUGGGAGGCAGCCUGCGGACGUGCAAAGAGAAGUUUUACAGCGGCGUCCACGAUGGAUUGAGGUGCUGGGUAUCAGCCGCCAAAGCCGACGGCUGGCCAGUGGAGGAUGUUCGAGCAGGCCCCCCGAGAGAGGCGAACAGUCCUAGGAAGAGUCCGGUCAAGAAGAAGGCGGACGAGAUACCUCAGCUCGCAUUGGACGUGGGAGUUGGCCAAACAGCAACAGCCAAGGACGAGGAUGGGUGGAUGUGA